CUACCUCUGGACGAGAGAGCUGCUGUCGCCACCCCCGCUGCCUCCCGCAAAGCUGACCCCGCAGCUGCCACCGGAGCUGCCCCCGCUGCUGCCCCCGCUGCUGAUACCACCGCUGCUGCCCCCGCUGCUGCCCCCGCUGCUGAUACCACCGCUAACACCAGGAACGCUGGUGCUGCACCAGCUGCUGCCCCAGCUGCUGCCCCUCCACAUGCCCCCGUCCAGCCUCCUCCCAUAGCGUCGACUAACGUUACUGUGGAGCUGGCCAGGGUAAAGGAGGCGUUCCUAAAGGAAUUCGUGGCGUCUAAGUUGUCAACUGAGCAGGCCUGCGCCAUGAUGAGGUGCCUGAGCGGCUUAGAGGGGUUAGUGCUAGCGCUGUCGUCGCGAAACGCUGCGUUGCAGGCUAUUUGCGACCAGCAGCCUCCCGUCGUCCCUGAGGUCCGUCAUGUUGCCGGCUGUGGUCCCCAAGCCACCUGCUGGGUAUGCGUCUGCAUACCCCAGCCUGCCGGUACCUUCAGUUGCUUCUGUGCCCGCGCCGAGGAAACCACGCGAGACGUGGUCAACCGCGGUGAUGAGCAAAGACCCGAAUAUUUCGGGCAAAGAGGUGGCCGAAAAGGCGAGAUUCGCAAGGUCGUUGCGAACAAGAAGUUCAGUGAAGUUGGCCUCGAGGUCAAGCAGAACUCUGCGCAGCAGCCGAAGCUCGUAAUCCAAGACGUGGCGACAGAUUGCCCCGGAGGAAUUAAUGGAGGAACUUUUUGCCAACAACCUUAA